AUGUUCGAGAAUGAUACCGAUGACAGCGCCAGUAAUGUUUGCGUCAAAGGCGGUUUCAAUCCCGACAAUCGAGAGUCUCUGCCUUUCCUCUACGCCAUCUACCGGCUUGAAGCUGAGUUCUACUACUACCUUGCCCCAAGGCUCAAGAUCCCUCUUCCACCGGUAUCGUAUGCUGGCACAGAUACUGUGAAUGGACAGGGCAUUGUUGUAAUGAACGAUCUCAAAGCUCAGGGCUACACAUUUGGUGAAGGGAUUCCCUCUGUGAGCGAAACUGUUUCAAUCAGAGAUGCAGUCGUGGGAUUGUUGGCGCCAGAAGAAUGGGACAAACGAUUUGCUCCAGGUGCGAGACCUCCAGUUCCUAAGCUUAUGGAGGAUCGGGAGCGCAUGACGGCGGCUUUCAAGGCUCUUUGGGCAUCAGACUCCAAAAUGAAGUGCAUCGUUCAUGGUGAUGCACACAUUGGAAACACGUUCAUAUCACCCACUGGAGAACCUGGCUUCCUUGACUGGCAGGCCAGUCACGCUGCUUCAGCCUUGCAUGAUAAAGACCUCUUGCAGUCUUACCUCAGCGCCCUGAAGCACACGGGCGGCCCGAAACGUGGGAUUGAGGAUGUUUUGGAAGAGUAUCGACGAUAG